GUACCGCUACUUUUACGUAAUAAACUGGUGGACCAUUUGAGGAUGGGUCCAAAAGCGUUUUGGUUCCACACUCAAAGGUGGUCCACCUUUUCGUGCGGUGAACUGUAUCCUUUAUGCUGCUGUGUGAUGCGAUGUUAUUGGCGGGUAUAGGACCUCUUUUGUGGUACCACUCUGCCGCCGCUUUGAUCUUACGGAGGACUAGUGGCUUUAUGCCCUACCCUUGUUCCUACCGUCGAUAUUCACGCUUUGACAAUAAAGGAGGUGUGGGCAUGGCCAACUGCAUAAUCGCGUGCUGCACACGUGCAUGUUUAACCCAGCCUUUAAAAGGCCUUUCUCGUGCUCCACGGAAAGCACAUACCUCGUCCUCUCCCAUCCACUUGUCUGCUCUCGAGCUAUCAUUCAUCGUAUCGACAGUAUCAUCCCCCGCCCAAUAAUCAUCCCUUAAGCAGCUCAAAUGGAGGUUCCCUUCCGUCAUCGCAAAUUCCGCACUAAGCUGUGCCGGAACUUCGUAAUUGGGAAGUGUGAAUAUGGUGAACGAUGUACUUUCAUCCACCCCCCUGUGGCACUUUCCCCUCCACAG